AGGUCUUGAAGAAUUUAAUUCUGGUAAGAGUAAAUGUCACGAACAUUUUGAUGCCUACACGGAGUGUAAGAAAAAGGAGAAUCCUCGUCGCUUGUCCAGCUACUGCUAGGUGCUGCAGGAGGAUUUAUAACUCAAGAAUAUGGUUUUAUCUCGACUGCUAGACAUUAUUUGUUGUGAAAUUAUGGGUUGCUUGGUUGUGCUGAUUUUCUGAAUGCGCAUCAUUCAUGCACUUCGCCAUGGUUGAAACUAGAGGGUCUUUUCUCACACGGCUGAGGUGAGGCACUGAUCUAAUAGGUCAGUGAGUCUACUGUUUGCAGACUAACAUAUCGUCCAACCUGGAUCAUGUCUUCAAUGGAAGAAGGUUCUGACUCUCCGCCUAAGCAGAAGUUAUCCUGCGCCAAGUGCUUUGAUGCUCUCUGGUUUUGCUACUCCCCAGUCCAUCAAAUGCAGCAAUAUUACAGACUUGGUGUGCUUGAUAACUGUCAUGAGAAAUGGAGUGCUCUUGCUGACUGCUUGAUGCUUAAGACUAAACGUGCUUCUGAUGUUCAGGAAAUUCUGGAAGCUCGUGAGAAGGCAAAGGCACAUAUCUGGUGUUUUCGGACAACAAAAGCAUCUUCAGAUAACUGGAAAAAACUUUAUGGUCAUCUAGAUGAAAUUGAUCCUGAAGAGUGAUUGCACUUUGCUGAAGAACAAUUCACAAGCAUUAAUAAUUGUUAUUCUGUCAUAAUGAAUUAUCUGAUCAUUUUUUCCGGGAAAAAUGCAUUGAUAUCUUCUUGGUCAUCAUUUUUACAUAAUUGUAUGAUUUCUACAGCUUAGCAUAAUAUGAUUAUUUUUUGCUUACAGAAUUUCAUUUCACAUUAUUUUUUU